UUGAGAAUGCACUAUGUGUUGGUCUUUGGUCCAAGUGUCCUUAUGUUCACUGCAUUUGUGUUAUGGGGUGUUAUUGAGGGAUUCCUGGGUGAGGUGGUUAUCUGCUCAACUCUCAACCUGAUUCGCUUCAUUUUGCUGUUCAAGACUAGUCUGUAUCAGGAGAAACUCCCAGAAAUAAUCAAGACCAUCAUCGAGAAAUCAUUUUAUUAUGAGUACAUCAUUGUUGUCAACGUUUUGUUUUUUGUCAUCUUCUAUAGUGUUUGGAGUGUUGAAAGAGAGAGCAAAGCCAUGGCUCUCAUGUUCAUCAUGUAUGGAUCAUCAUUACACAUGACCGUGAAGGUUUUCUCUGGAAGGGGGUCGGGGGUCAUGAUGGAAAUGAUGGACUUUUGCUACUUGUUCGCUCUGUCUUUCCUGUCUCGCACAUUCAGUCAGAGUGCUUUCAUAGGCUUGUUUGUUGGAAUAUUUGGAACUCCUAUUUUAGUUGCCAUUGUUUUAUGUACAUGUUCUUCUCUGGAGGAAUCAGAAUUGUUUCAUUUGGGCUUUAUGGCACUCUGGCGUCUUAUCAUGAGUGUAGUAUUUUUCUGCUUCUUUGAUCAAAUUCUGGAAAGAAAUGAAGAGCGUGAUGGAUUGCUGUCUGUGAUUGCGCUGUUCCAACUCCUGGUUGCGUCUGAAAGACUUGAAUUUUAUUCUCAGCCCUCUUUAGCUGAAACACCUAAGACAAUUCUCUACAUGUAUGGAGCUUUUGGUGUAGUUGCAGUUAAUGCUAUUACCCUGGCAACAGAACUAAUGCUGAAAUCACGAAAAGGACGACGGACUUUGAAAGAUCUCCGUGUCAUAGUUCUACCAUUUGAAUGUGUUUUCGUCUUAAGCUGCAUUGCUCUAUGGAUCCAUGCUGUCUGCACAGAAGCGUCGGAGGGAAUUAAGCAAGAAGUGGCGAUAUUACGGAGAUAUGGUUGUAGACGUUGGUGGAAGUUUUUGAAGGAUGGUGCUAAACCAUCGGAGGCUCUUGAGAUGUUAAGUCAGUCUGCACCUCCACCUGCUGGACCAGACACUCCACAGGAGAGUCCACCAGAUCCUCCUCCUGAAGCAGAGACAGAAAUAGAUUCCAUUGGAAAUGUCCCAGAAGAUAGACACAAAUUCACCUGGACAAGUUGGAAAGAAUGAUUCACACUUCCCUGACACAAAUCCAGAAAGAGAAGAAAACUGUAAAGUUGAAGCAAAUGCAGAUACAGAUGGACAUACAACUGGGUCACCACUUUCAGUGGAUGUACACAUAAACACACACUCGUGUGAAACAAUUGCAAGUGAGAAUGAUUCAUUGCUGAAUCACGGAAGUGAAGUACAAACAGACUCCACAAAGCCAAGAGACAGUUCAGCCCAAGAGAGCUCACCACUUCUGGGAAAAUACAUCAAUGAAAGUGUCUCACCUUCGGAAUCAGAAUAACAGACAGAUGUAUGCCCAACAAGCCCAAACUGCAGUUGUCCAGUAAGGAACAGAAAAAGAUCAUAGUGGACAACAGAUCUGAUCUGAGCAGCCUUCGGGUUCAGUGUUGCCCCAAGUUAAUGUCUCUGAAAUUCAAAAGUCAUAUCUGUAUUUAAACUAUGUGUCAUUAAAUGAUGUUUAACAUUGUCACUUGCUUGUCACUUGUCAUAGAUGCCUUAAUCAUCAGUAGGAGUUGAACAAAGUUCUGAGCAGUGUUUGAGUGAGCAGUGUGAUGGGAGCUGUAAUGACGUAAUAAGCGGAGCAUUACAAGCUGUAAAUCGUUUAUGUUACAGUGAUGACUAUAUGUUAUAUUAACACAAUAGUAUUAUAUAAGGGCAUCACUUUUUUCACAAAUUUUAAGAUAGUCCAUGAAUGAAGUAGAUAAAAUGAUCUCUUCUGGAUAAUUAAACUAGUUCCAUAGGCAUCUUCUCAGCAGGUGG